AUGGCCGAGGGCGGCGGGGGCGCGCGGAGGAGGGCGCCGGCGCUGCUCGAGGCGGCCCGCGCGCGCUACGAGAGCCUGCACAUCUCGGACGACGUGUUCGGCGAGUCGGGCCCGGACAGCAGCGGGAACCCCUUCUACAGCACGUCGGCCGCCUCGCGCUCCUCCUCGGCCGGCUCCUCGGACGACGAAGCCGAGCGCCCCAGCCCCGCGCGGGGCCCCGGCGCCCCCGCCGCCGCGCAGGAGUCGGAGGACGACGAGGCUGGCGCGGGCUGGAGCGCCACGCUGCGGGACCGCCCGGCCCCGCGCUUCGAGGGCACCGGCGGUCCCAUCCGGAAGAUGCCACCCAGCGCCAGUGCCGUGGACUUCUUCCAGCUCUUCGUCCCUGACAACGUCCUCAAGAACAUGGUGGUGCAGACCAACCUGUACGCCAAGAAGUUCCAGGAGCGGUUCGGGAGUGAUGGGGCCUGGGUGGACGUGACGCUGCCGGAGAUGAAGGUGUUCCUGGGCUACGUGAUCUCCACCAGCACCUCCCACUGUGAGUCCGUCCUCAGCAUCUGGAGCGGCGGCUUCUACAGCAACCGCAGCCUUGCCCUGGUCAUGAGCCAGGCCCGCUUCGAGAAGAUCCUCAAGUACUUCCACGUCGUGGCCUUCCGCUCCAGCCAGACCACACACGGCCUCUACAAGGUCCAGCCCUUCCUGGACUCCCUGCAGAAUGGCUUCGACGCCGCCUUCAGGCCUUCCCAAACCCAGGUGCUACAUGAACCCCUGAUUGAUGAGGACCCUGUGUUCAUCGCCACGUGCACGGAGCGGGAGCUGCGGAAGAGGAAAAAGCGGAAAUUCAGCCUCUGGGUCCGGCAGUGCUCUUCCACCGGCUUCAUCAUCCAGAUUUACGUCCACCUGAAGGAAGGCGGGGGCCCUGACGGGCUGGACGCGCUGAAGAACAAGCCGCAGCUGCACAGCAUGGUGGCCAGGAGCCUGUGCCGGUCCGCAGCCGGGAAGAACUACAUCAUCUUCACGGGGCCCAGCAUCACCAGCCUGACCCUGUUUGAGGAGUUUGAAAAGCAAGGGAUCUACUGCUGCGGGCUGCUCAGCCCCAGGAAGAGUGACUGCACCGGCCUGCCGCCCUCCAUGCUGAGCAGCCCGGCCUUGCCGCCCGCCCGGGGUCAGCACAGCAUCCGGAUGAAGGGGAGCAUGUCCCUGAUCUGCUGGUACAACAAGGGGCACUUCCGCUUCCUGACCAACGCCUACUCGCCCGUGCAGCAAGGAGUGAUCAUCAAGAGGAGGAGUGGGGAGAUCCCCUGCCCCCUGGCCGUGGAGGCCUUCGCCGCCCACCUCAGCUACAUCUGCAAGUACGAUGACAAGUACAGCAAGUAUUUCAUUUCUCAUAAACCAAACAAGACCUGGCAACAGGUGUUCUGGUUUGCCAUCAGCAUUGCCAUCAAUAACGCCUACAUCCUGUACAAGAUGUCAGAGGCCUACCACGUGAAGAGGUACAGCCGGGCCCAGUUCGGGGAGAGACUCGUGCGAGAGCUGCUGGGCCUGGAGGACACCUCUCCGAGCCUCUGAUGCGGCGGGCGCGGCCCGGGUUAGGUGACGGGAAGCGAGCCGGGUGGGCUCUGCGCAGCCGGGGCUGCUCAGGUGUGUGCGGGAGCCCGGAGGGUUCUCCAGCGUUUGCCCUGUGCAGGCAGCUUAGAACGGGGCUCGUAGAAGAAGAAGAAACAACCCCGGCGCCGUUAAAAGGCAGCGACGGCGAGGGGAGUGGGGCCCUCUGAUACGUCCACGAGGCCUUCCUGCCCAUCCCUGCGUGGCUGGUGGACGGGGAGAAAGGGAGAACAACGGCAGAAGGACAGUGAAGUGUGAGGCUGCUUUUUAUUUUUAAAUAUAUCUUCAGGUUAUUUUCUUACUGUUGCUUCAGAUCGUCUGUAAAAGGAAAUGUCCCUCUUCUUUUCUGCCCUCCCCCUCUCACCCCACCCUGUCGUGGCUCCUUGCAUGAUCACAGGUCUGGCCCUGGGCCAGAGAGGGCACCUCGCGUCCGUCAGACCACGGGGGCCUGCGGGCCUUGAGCUCUGUCAUCAUUAGCGGGACUACUUGUUUUGGAAAAUACAUAGCAUGGCUGAGACAGCAGAAUGUCUCUGCGGAUGGCCACUCGCUAACUCUCUCCCGCGCGUGGUCACCGGGCAGCGUCUGCCGGCCUCACAGCACCCCUCAGAACGGUGUGGCGGGCAUUGGCAAACCCACCUGCACCAGCUCGGCGGGGCGUGAUUCCCGCGGGCCGGGGGCCUGCUCACCGCCAGCCAGAAGGGCCCACGUGACGAGCAGCUGGCAGCAAGGGCUUUGCUUCCUGCCCAGAACACCCGGGCCUCUUCUGAACCAAGGUCCACAGGUCUCCCUGGGAGACCUCGGCCCGGGUGGUCGGCUGGUCUGGCUGUCCCCGCAGUUAAGAAACAAGUAAUUUCUAGAGUCACGUGAUCCCCCUUGGACCCAGUUUAUGUCGCCCCCUUAUUUUUACAGAUGCAAACCUACUCUGCUCAGGCUUUGGGACGUUCUUCCUUGUUGUCACUCAGUUGAUUAAAAGUGUUGCUGACGGCAUGCUCCUCACUUCCAUCACUUCUGUCCCCGGGUUCAUGACGGUCACCUCACUUGUGGUUUCAAUCCGAUGCCACGGAUCGUAGGCCAAAUUUUAAAUCGCGUCUCAACACACCUUUGCCGUGUCCUUUAAUUGGAUUGGAAGCACUUUUACCACAUGGAGAA